ACUUGCGGUACAGAUCCACAGGCAACAGCCUCAAGGCACACCAAGCUGGGAAGUCCUCCAGUUUCUCGGACGCAUAGUAGCAUCAUGUAUUUUUCACGACUGUGUUAAAACCCGGAGAGGAAACAUCAAGGACACUUUUAGCGAAUACUAUCAGCCACCUUUGGAGCGUAUGUUCAAGGAUUUCUUCAAUCUUCAUUGGCCUUGCUCCUUCUCCGAUCGAGCCAGUCGUUCUUGUAUCGGCACAAAACUCUCACACGGCGCAGAACAUCGCGCUGCUGAUGGAAAUGAUAUUGGCCAAGGCCAAUAUGUGUCUAGCGGGACUGUAGAGGCUGAUGUGUCGGACUGGGUAUCUUUCAUCAAGACGGAACUCAAUAUUUGUGAAGACGAAUAUUGCGAAGCCCUGGAUGAGGAGCCUCGGGAGAAAUCGAGCAGAAGAAUCGCCAGUGACUUACAUCUGGAACAAAUGAACGACUUCUUCACGGACCUUGGAGCUGCAGUAUCAUUCAUAAGCCACAAGAGCUGUUUUGCUUGUCUGGUCAGACUACCGCAACAUCCUCUACCGUGCGGACAUGUGCUUUGCAAUAGUUGCGUCCAGGAUUCAGGGAAGAAAGGCCAUGGCAAGAUACGACUGAAUUACUGCCCACUUCAUAUACACACUAGCUUUCGGCCAUCCUGGGAGAUGCCCGACAGGUCUGAGCAUGCCGGUAUAAGAGUCUUGUGUCUCGAUGGCGGCGGUAUGCGAGGCAUCAUCGAGCUCGAAAUCCUCCGCGUGAUUGAGAAAGCACUUGGAGGCAACAUACGCAUUCAGACUUUCUUCGACUUGAUCGUAGGCACAAGCACUGGAGGGAUCAACGCGCUGGCAUUGGGUGUAAAACAGUGGUCGGUCGCCCACUGCAUCGCAGUAUUCGAAAAGUUUUGCGACCAAGCCUUCACUGAGCGCGAGUUCAGGGGUGUCUGGGGUCUGGAACAGGCUGCGUUUCUGAAUCACGGAAGCAAAUACAAAGCAAAGCCCCUUCACAGCGUGUUGCAAAAGACACUGGGUAGUGGUCAGCUCUUUGGUGGCAGCGAAUCUUUAAGUGCCUCUCGCACCAACGUUGCCGUGACGGCGACGUCUGCCGAUGGCAAAGGAGCCAUGGUUAUCGCCAAUUACAACCGUCCACACAACGCGGCAGAAAGUCAAGUUUUCGUAAGACCAGAGAACCACCGAGAAGAGCUUGAGGUAUGGGAAGCUGCGGCAGCCACUUCUGCAGCACCAUUCUACUUCAAGCCAUAUACUCAGCCCAAGACUGGAGUAAGCUACCUCGACGGAGGACUUUACCACAAUAAUCCUGUCCAUGUUGCAAACAGAGAGCGAAAGCUUCUAUGGCCCGAUCUGGCUAGUAAGCAUCCGGACCUGCUUUUGUCUAUCGGCACAGGUCGAAAUUUGCCAGAGGCACCAGCAGAUGUACCCGAGCGGCGUUCAUUCAGUAAAAAAUCUGAGGAGAUGUCGAAACCUUCUCCUCGAAAAUCGGGAGGCCUGCGACGCACUCUUGACACGUUUGGAGCUCUGUACCAGCGUUUUGACAACAUCUUGGACGCUGAACAGACCUGGAUCGAGUUCGAGGCCGAUGUUGUUGGCCAAGCUACUGACCUUCCAAGUCCUUAUUUACGCUUCAACUUAGACCUGAAGCGUAAGCUACCCUCUUUCGAUGCAAAGGACAAAUUUGAGGAACUUCGAAAAGACGUCAGACAACGACUACGCGAUCCCGAUGUGGUCAAGAUGACACAAGAAAUCGCUUGUGCUCUAGUCGCGAGCUCAUUCUACUUCAAGCUGGCAAGGACAAUCUCUCAUCGAGCUGGCAACUUUACGUGCACAGGCUAUAUCUGUUGUAAGUUUGAGGAAGGCUCGUCCAAAUUGAAAGCACUGGGCAAGUUUCUUUCGGAGCAGUCCAAUCAAGCUCACGGAGAAAAUCCUCUCGAGACUUACCAUCUAUGGAAUGCUCAGGAUACCUCAUGUCGACAUCGACGUAUCAGAUGCAAUGGCCUCGACCACAGCGACUUUGGUCCUGGAUGGAGGAUGUCGUGGUGAGUCAUAUCAGAAAUAUCUGGUUGGUGGUUUCCCGCGAACGCUGGUGCAAGAGAUGCGCCAGGAACCGACAAUAAAAGUCCAGACCAGCCAUUCUACCUCAACCAUGGGACAUAUAGAACGCCAUUCUCAUCAGAUGUCUAGAUCGGUGACUAAGGGGACACAACCAUCCUCUGUAGAACCGUAUCA